CUGAACCCAAAUCCACCGAACCGGAAAAGCCACUCAUAAUUAUUUCCACAAUUAUGCGUAGUCACACUUCAAUCUAUCUCCUUGUUUGUACAGAUCGCCCUCCUGUUGACUGUACCGCCCUUACCCGACUGUAUCCGUCUGAUUGCGAUACAUAUUUACAUUUCCAGUUAAUGUGUCCGUCAGAGUAGAAGCUAACGUUUGGUUUUAGUGCAUUUUUAAUUGAUUUGCAUUGUUUGGUUAAGUAUGCGGCUAUUUUCUUACCAGUGUAUGUGUUCAUUUCAUUUUCGUUUUAAAUAAUUAUUGUUCGAUCUUUUUCAUCCUAUAGGAACAACACCUAGUCAAGUUUCCAAAUACCAAUACCUACAUAAGUACCAGUAACUCUAGUCAUCAUAACGACUACAACAAAAACAGUGCAUUCAAAAGUGAGUGUUUGCAAAUCGAAUCGAAACAAAAACAAUGACCAAUUACGCAUUCUAAAUUUGAAUUUUAAAAAGUGCGCGGUGUGGUCUAGUUAAGGCGAAGUCACAUGUUGUGCGUUGACGGCGGAUGGUGGGGUGCGGCUCACCUAUGACGAAUAACAACAACGGAGUGAACGGCGAGGGCGCGGCCGGAGAGCCCGGGGUCGACAUGGAUUCGCUCGAGGAGAUGCUCAGAAAGCUCUCAGAGCUCGAACAACGAGUCCUGGAGGCGGAAGGCCGGGCCGAAGAAGCCGAAGACAAGGUCCGCGCCAUGGAGCAGCGGCUGUGCGAUUGGCCGGCGGGCACUGACGGUGCUCCGCGCGCCAUCUCGCGUCUCGAGGGACAGAUCGAGGAGCAAAAGCAGCUGCGCCUGCAAGACGCGAAGCAGGUGGAGGCGAAGGCGGCGCGGAUCAAGGAGUGGGUCACGAACAAGCUGCGCGAGCUCGAGCAGCAGAACCAGCAGCUGAGGGAGCAGAACGACCGCUGCAACCAGCAGUUGGAGCUGCUGAGGAACCAUAUAGCCGCGCAGGGGACUAGGAACUCUGCGUUUCUACCGUCUCGAGCGAGCCUGUCUCUCGAAGUGAGGGAGGACGGCCCUCGAGCCACCUCCAGCUUGGCGGCUAACCGACGCCGGUCGGAGAGCCUCGAAGGGCCACAGCUACCACUAAACUCCACGGAACCCCACUACAGCACCCCGGUGCGGCACAGACGGAACCUGUCCAUCGGGACCACAAACUUGACCACCACCCCGCCAGCUAAUCCAGUCAACCUCAACACCAUGAAUAGAACCAUGGAUGAACGGACCACGGCCAGUUUACUGGCUGACGAUUUGGCUGCCGCAGUAGAAAACCUAGUAGUACUACCGACGACCCCCGCCACAUCGACCGAUGGUGACACGACCCACGACUACGCAGAAAUAUACACGCCUAGCAGAGAGCGCACUCCAGCCUGGUCGGAGGCGGGCGUGGUGGUGCAGGGCUCGCGCGGGUCUAGCGAGGAGAGCGUGGGAGACCCCCGGCGGCCCCCCACGCCGCCGCUGCACCGCCUGCCGAGCUGGGAGGCUAAGAUUUACCAGGUGGCAGACGACGGCCUGCAACAGUCAGUAGAAGAGCAAUUAGGCGAGGCGCCGAGCGCGCGGCCCGUGCACGAGUCGACUAGCUACCAGGACAUGUCCGUGCCCGUCUACGCCACGGUUAAGGGGCGCGCGAGUCAGAUCCGCUCGAUGCCGUUCACGGGCGAAUCGUCGGACGACUCGUCCGACGGCGAGGACUCGAUGGGCGUCACGGUGCACAACACGCCCAACCACGUCUUCACCGCACAACAAAUGCCUCUAUCCAUCAACAACGUGAACCUAACCUGCAUACUGCCGGCCAACAUGCAGGACACGCACGCACGCGCGUCCAGCACGCACUGCAGCUCGUCCGACGCUAGUUUAGGCGCCAGCAGUCCGUCCAAAAGUGUCAAUACCAGCUCCAGUCUGAGUCCAGCGAAGAGAUCGAGUAGCGGCUCACCGACCAGGCAUAAACAUACACACACAUCCUUCGAGUCCGGCAUGUCGGACGACUACGCGAUCCCGCCCGACGCCUUAUCCUGCGACACUAGCGCCUCCCCGUCGCUGCCGUCGCUCGGGCGCGCGCAACACGCGGACUCGCCGCGCCGCCACGACGCACUGGAGAAGAGCGGCCAUCUUGCCAAGCUGGGCGGGAAGCUCAAGACUUGGAGGAAGCGAUGGUUCGUGCUCAAAAACGGCACUCUCUCAUACUGGAAGUCGCAGUGGGACGUGGCGCGCAAGCCUGCGGGGCAGGUGGGGCUGGGCGAGGCGUGCCGCAUCUCCCGCAACGAGGGCGCCGCCACGUUCGAGAUCUACACGGGCGCGCGCACGUACUACCUCGCCGCCGACAGCGCCGCCGCCAUGGACGACUGGAUCCGGGUGCUGCAGAAUGUCCAACGCAGAAACGCAACCAAACUCCUACUAAGCAAAGAGGACAACAAGCCCACGAUCCAGGGCUGGUUGACCAAGGUCAAGAACGGCCACGCCAAGAAGAGCUGGUGUGUGCUCAUUGGCAAGAUGUUCCUGUACUUCAAGAGUCCGGGAGACCAGAACCCCAUAGGCCAGAUAAACAUGCGCGACGCGCGAGUAGAAGACGUAGAACAUUCAUCCGACUCCGACUCUGAGGAGAAAAGCGACGAGGCGCGCGGCCACCUCACCGCCGCCAUCUACCCGCAGCACCAGGUAACCGCGGGCCCAACCUACCUUCUCUUCGAGACCAAAGCCGACAAGGACGCGUGGCUGUACCAGCUGACGGUGGUGAGCGGCGGCGGCCUGCCGCAGGGCACGCACUUCGAGCAGCUGGUGCAGAAACUCAUGGAGACUGAUGGUGAUCCUAAUUGUGUGCUGUGGAGGCAUCCGACGUUGCUAUACUCUAAGGAAAAUAUAACUUCGCCACUGACAUCGCUCAACUCCGAAGCGUUACAGGCAGAAGCAUUGAAAUUAUUCAAGUGCGUCCAACUGUUCAUGUCAGUCUGCGUCGAGCAAGCGGGCAUAGACUAUCACGUAGUCCUCGCCCAAAACGCGCUGCAACAGUGUCUCGAAGUGCCCGAGCUUCAGGACGAACUAGUCGCCUGCCUCUGCCGCCAGACGGCGCCACACACGCACACCAAACACGGGGUCCAGGUAACCCCCACUAGGGUUAAAACCCCGAAACCCGGGGUCUCGACCCCGCUGUCGUUGCGACGGAAAGCGACCCCGUCGUUGCGAGAUAGCUUAACGCAGCCUAAAGCGAGCAAGCUUAAGAAUCAACUGCUACUCUGCGCCACCCAGUCGCUGUUCACUUGCGACUCGGCGGUGGCGGCGGCGGGCGGCGGCGAGGCCGACGGCGCCGCGCACGCCGCGGGCUCGCCCUCUUCUGUGCAGGCGCCAUUACUACCAGUGGACUGCAAGAGUAACCCCCCUACAUACAGCUUCGUGCAAGGCUGGCAAUUACUGGCUCUGGCUGUCAGCCUGUUUGUGCCGCGGAAUAACAGGCUUCUGUGGUAUUUGAAGCUGCAUCUUAGUCGCCAUGCGGAUACUAAGACGGAAUGCGGCAAAUACGCCGCCUACUGCGAGCGCGCCCUAGAGCGCAGCAUCCGCGUGGGCGGGCGGGAAGACAAGCCGUCCCGUAUGGAGGUCCUGUCGAUACUGCUGAAGAACCCCUACCACCACUGUCUGCCUCACGCCAUACCCGUGCACAUGUUGAAUAAUACUUAUCAGGUGAUAUCAUUCGACGGGUCCAGCACAGUGGAAGAGUUUCUCGCGACGCUGAGCUCCACAGUCGGCUGCCGCGACUGCGCCGCGUCGGGCUUCGCACUGUUCAGCGAUGACCCCAUCGAGAAGGAGCUCGAGCACCACAUACAGACGGAUAAGAAGCUAUGCGACGUGAUCUCCAAAUGGGAGACGGCGCUUCGGGAGAAGGGCUCGGGCAAGUUCGAGAACUCUCGCGUGAUCCGGCUCACCUUCCGCAAUAGACUCUACUUCAAGAGCUCCGUCCGGACUGAGACGGAUAAGGAGCGGCUGCUACUGUGCUACCAACUUAAUCAGCAAGUGGUGGCGGGUCGCUUCCCCGUGACUCGCGAGUUGGCGUGCGAACUCGGCGCCCUGAUGGCUCACAUCGAGCUGGGCGAGCCCUGCGCCACCCCGCAGCCGCUGGCCAGCCGCUUCUACCCCUUCCGGUAUAGAGCCGCACUGGGGAACCAUGACACUGAACUAGAAGAGAAGCUACGCGCGAAGUGGGCGGCGCUGAAGGGGCGCAGCGCGGCAGACUGCGUGCGCAUCUACCUCAACUGUACCAGGAAGUGGCCCUUCUUCGGAGCUAGCCUGUUUCAGGCUCAGAUAAAACAGCCAGACUUCUCCAUGGCGUGGCUAGCGGUCUCAGAAGAAGCGGUCACAGUUCUAGAGCUGUCCUCCAUGGCGGUCAUAGCCAAGUACCUGCUGAAGAACAUCACCGUGUUCGGAGGAGUGCAGGAUGAUCUGAUGAUGCUGAUUGAUUCUGAUGACUCGGCGCACGUGCAUAAGAUGCGGGUGUCGUUGAGUAAACCUAAGAUGGUGGAACUAACGCACCUAAUAGCGGACUACAAGAACGCACUGCGGCCGGGCGGGCCGGGCACCCCGCUCAUGAACUCACUAACGAGGAACGGCAGCCACCGCUCCAUCCGCAAACCAGCCUCGACCCUACCCCACUCCAGCCCCAGCACCCUGCCACACACCCACCAACUAUCGCAAUCUCAUCACACUCACAACACUGGACACAACACCCUAAACUCCCAUACCACGACAAUGACAUUGGGCUCUGACAGAAACGCAACGCUUACCCUAAGCUCGCACACCGGAUCCAACAGCUUCAACCAACAUGUCGAGGCAAGGGUACUCUCGCAUGGACAGCCAGAUAUCUUAAAAUCGACCCCGGAUCAUCAUAGAAGCGAUAAGAAACGGAACCACGUCCAAGACAGUAGUGUUGCGUGAUUGAAACUGUAAGUGUGCAUUUCUGAACGGUACUUUUCGUUUUAACAGUGUUUCCGAACGUGCUCAAUGAUGUGACAAUUUCCGGAUGCAUUAUUUUACCAUUCCAUAGACGAUGUCGGCUAGUUACUACUUCUAAAAUAUACCUCAUAUUUUGUAGCGUUACUUCAGACAGACAGGUUUUAAUAUUCGCUUUUGGUAUCUAAUAAGUAUAAGUUACUGUUAUUCGUAUUUUUUUCCACGGCCACUAAUGUUUAAUAAGCUAUUUAUGCAUCUAAGGGAUACAAGGCUUUGUAUGUAUAAUGUAUGGUAACUUUUAAAUGAAUGGAAUGCCAAUUUUAGAAGUAGCUUAACAUAAUACUACUUAGUUUAAACAAUAGUGUAGGUAUGGAUCAAUAGUUACUAUAAAGUCCACAAUUUAAAUAAAGCUUUUAACCAAUCGUUACUAAGUAUUUCUGGAAGUAUACAUAGGUGCUAAAAUUUAUAAUGAAUUAGCAAAGAGUUGAAAUAAUAAUCUCGGUUACCAAAGACAUCACAAAUCGAGCUUAAUGUAGCUACUUUGCAGACAAAAACUAGUUUAGAUAGCCUAACAGUCUAAACUUGUCAACAGAUAGGAAACACUUACCAAUGAUUUUCCGAUUGUUUUAAAAGUUUCAUUCUAUAUCUACCUGUUGACAAGUUGACCACUGAAAUCGCAGUGUUAGUAAAUGGUAGCAAAAGCAUUAGAGAAAAAGAACUGAGAAUCAAUAAAUUUCAUCACAAAAACUUCGACUGACUGCUAUUAGGAUCAACGAAGAAAAAUCUCAUAACUUAAAUACCUACUUAUUAAUGUUAUAAUAAUAAUUUUAUGUAAUUUUUACAUUAUAAUUUAAUUAAUCUUCGUACCAAAUAAAUGGAGCUUUUAAUUCACAUUUAUUUUUUAGUAAUUACCUACUUAAAUUAAUUUUAAAUGUAAAGCCUUACAAAUGUUACUAUUAAUUUCAUAUCAUAUUCACACUCCUGUAACUAUUUUCAUAUUAUUUAAGUGAAAUGGGGAACUGCCAACUAAUUAAAAUUGUCUUGAAUAAGAUCGUUAAAAUGUUGCGUAUAAUCUUUUUAAUAUCAAUAAAAAACAUACAAAAGAGUGUAGUUAGAGCUAGACUGUGGUGUAAAACGUUAUAUUAUUAUCCUUCUUUUGGCUGAAUACAGAGUUCUGUAUCUUACCUUUCAGUACCUUAAAUUCUAAUUAUUAUUCCAUAUUAUUCAUCUUUCGAACCUUCAGAACAGAAAAUUUACUUUUAUACAUACUUAUAAUUUACGAUAAAGUUUAACCUCUUGUCUUCUUUUACGCGCUGUAACUCGCAGUUUCUUUGGCGUUAAGUAUAUUAUACGGAUUAUACCUAUUACAGUUUCCACUGUAGAUGAAGGUAUGUCGAAAUUGAAAACCAUUCUUUUGAAGUCGCCUUUUGAUUGCACUCUUGGUCCGUAUUAUCUUAUUUAACCGGUUUUAUAAUAAACAAUUAUACAUUGUUUAGAAAUACUUAAACCGGAAUUAUAGAAAGACUAGCGGUCAAUUUACUAUGUCCUAUAUUACAAUAGUGAUUAAAAAUGAUAUUUCGAUUGCACUUUUUACAUAACACUAACUGUUUAUAUAAUUGUGUAUAGAAUAUUAAUGUAAAAUAUACAAAUUGAUGUAACGAUUUAAUUUAAAUUACGAAUUUAAUUUGAGCGACGGAUUUAUUUAAUGUUUCAGGUUUAUUGUGAAUUAAUUAAAUUAAUACUUAUUUAUAAUACAAUUUUUUAAGCGUAUUGGCUUAGUUUUGUUUUGUUGUGAGUUUAAUUAUAUUUUUAAAAAUUGAUUAAUUCGUAGAUUUAAAGAUUAAAAUGGGAACAAAUUCGUCCUCUUUUUGUUAACAGCCGGCCUAAUAUAAAAGACUUAGGCGACUAUAUAGGCCUAACUUUUAUUUAUAAUCCUUGGAUCUGAUUUUACUAGUUUUUAUUGUUUGACAAUGCGAGUAAUAAAACAUCGUGUAUAAUUUAAAAUUUGUUUUAUUUCAGGCAAUCCUACAUCUUUGAGUCCUUUCAUAGUUUUUAUACAAUAUAAGUAAUAUUAAGUACAUUCACAAGGGUCGGCUCAACAAUGUGAAGACUUGUAGAAGCCACCCGGUCAUUUGGUGAGUAAAAACUCUUCCUCUUUUACAUCCAGCGCUUUUAAUAUGGACGCCGUAUCGAAGGGCACACCUGAAACACAUAUUUCCA